UCACCUUUAAUGUGGAAUUAGACUCACAGCCUCACACUGAAUAACGACUGUUGUGUGUGCCAGCUCGGUGAAAACCUUAGCCCACGCAGUGAUGUCAUGUGGGUUAGCCUACACCUGUGAAUGUAAAUGCAGCUGCACCUGUGUGGACUGUCACAGACACCUAACCGUUUGACAACAGAGGCAGCUGUUUGGUUGAACCUAUUUUAAACCAGAUGCUGUUAGCUCUCUGUAGUUACAGCAGGCAGUUCUUCAGAAUAGUCGCAUCUCUUUCCCUUUGUUAAUUCGCCUGCGCUGCUUCUAUGCUAGAUGGGCUGAAUUAAUGUAGGAUAUUUAUAUUACUGACCACAUAAUUAUCAAAAUUAUGAUUAUAUGUCAUGGCUGACGAGGUUGUGCUUUCUAUUGUCAGCCAAUAUUUCAACAGUUCUAUUUGCCGACGACGAAGGGUUAAAGAGGCGCAGUCGCCACCACUGGUAAGCAGAAAUCAUCAAUGUUGAGCGCACAGACCACUCUCCUCCAGAGCGAUCACAUCUCAACGAACUAGUACGGACGACGUUACCCUACGUUUUCUUCAACUAGACUACUGGUUUCUCUCUGUUGCUUCCAUCGGGUGCACGGAAACAGGGAAGAAUAAGGCCAGUAGGAGAGAAAAAAGGACGCAACUAUGGCAAAACCAAGGUUCCUUGGCAGGCUGACCGACUCCCCCUCCCCAGAGUCUGCAAUGACAAAUGACAAGAAGUAGCCAUUCACCUGAGAGGAUAUCAUUUUUGACAGCUCAAGGGACGUAAACAAACACGGGUUCCUCUCUUUGGAAACUGGAAACUGCCUCGCGAUCCCCCUGGCGCGCAAAUAAAGUGGACGCUCAUUUCUAGAACGCUACUUUUCACUUAGAGGACUGUCCACUUGGUCCAUCUCAUGAAGUUACAAAAACGUAGGUCGAGGAUUACAGUAUUUAUUAUUCUAUGACGAGAGCACAGUGAAUGUCGUCCGUUUGUCGGGACUCGUCGACGUAGAGGUCAGCAUCGGCGACAGAAAGUCCAACAACUCCAGUGGGAUAGCGUACAGCAAAGAUGCCCGUCCGAAGGGGUCACGUGGCACCACAGAAUACUUUCCUCGAUACCAUCAUUAGGAAAUUCGAUAGUCAAAGUCGUAAGUUCAUCAUUGCCAAUGCCCGGGUGGAGAACUGCGCCAUCAUAUUCUGCAACGAUGGCUUCUGUGCCAUGUGCGGCUACUCGCGGGCUGAGAUCAUGCAGAAGCCCUGCACCUGCAACUUCCUGUACGGCCCUCACACCAAGCGGCUGGCCAUCGCCCAGUUGGCUCAAGCACUGCUGGGCUCGGAGGAGAGGAAAGUGGAGAUCAACCUCUACAGGAAGGACGGUGUGUGUUUCCUGUGUCUGGUGGACGUGGUGCCGGUGAAGAACGAAGAUGGCCUAGUGAUCAUGUUCAUCCUCAACUUCCAGGUCAUUUCAGACGACAAACAGCCCAACCAGGACCUCAACCACAAGCUGCCCCCCUGGCUCCCCACAGGCCGGCCGCGUGGCUUCAAGCUCCGCCUGCCCUCACUUCGCUCCCUCAGCAACAGCAAAGCCUCUCUGGAAGACCCAGAGACAGGGCGCCUCCCGGCCCCUGGCUACCCCAGCCACGAGUCCCUGGCUCUGGGAGAGCUGCUCUCCCUGCCCACAUUACCUCCUGGGCACAAGAGCUCCAGUAGCACAGGCAGCAGCAGCAGGCCGGUCCUCCUGUGGCCCGAGGACCAGCGCGGCCUGCUGGGCUCAGAGCCUCCACCGUCCGCCGCUCCCUCCUCGCUGCCCCCCGGCCAGUCGCCGUCCCGCAUCGCCCUCCAGACGCUCAACCCGAACGUCUCUCUGUCCAACUGCAGUCUGUCACACAGUCGCUCCCGCGAGAGCUUCCACAGCAUGCGGCGGGCGUCGUCAGUGGAUGACAUCGAGGCCAUGCGGCCGGCGUCAGACCGGAAGUACAGCACAGCCCAUCCCAUCCACAGCAGCACAGGGGCGGUGAACAACAAGUCCAACAUCCUCAACUCCACGUCGGACUCGGACCUCAUGCGUUACCGCACCAUCAGUAAGAUCCCUCAGAUCACCCUGAACUUCGUGGACUUCAAGGCGGACCCCCUGAUCACGCUGCCCCCGGGGGACAUGGACAUCAUAGCCCCCUGCAAGCUCAUCGACCGCACACACCACGUCACCGAUAAAGUCACCCAGGUGCUGUCGCUGGGUGCUGACGUCCUGCCAGAGUACAAGCUCCAGGCCCCUCGCAUCCACAAGUGGACUGUCCUCCACUACAGCCCCUUCAAGGCGGUGUGGGACUGGCUCAUCCUGCUACUGGUCAUCUACACGGCUAUCUUGACCCCGUACUCCGCCGCCUUCCUCCUCAACGACCACGAGGAGGUGGCUAUGGUGAACUGUGGCUACUCGUGCUCGCCGCUCAACGUGGUCGACCUAAUCGUGGACAUCAUGUUCAUCGUGGACAUCGUCAUUAACUUCAGAACAACGUACGUCAAUACUAACGACGAGGUGGUCAGCGCUCCGCUGAGGAUAGCGGUCCAUUACUUCAAGGGCUGGUUCCUCAUCGACAUGGUGGCAGCCAUUCCCUUCGACCUGCUCAUCUACCGCAGCGGAGAGGAGACGACUACUCUGAUAGGCCUGCUGAAGACAGCCCGCCUCUUGCGGCUGGUGCGCGUGGCGAGGAAGCUGGACCGCUACUCGGAGUAUGGCGCCGCCGUCCUCUUCCUGCUCAUGUGUACAUUCGCUCUUAUCGCCCACUGGCUGGCGUGCAUCUGGUACGCCAUCGGCAGCGUGGAGCGCAACGGCAGCAUUGGCUGGCUCCACACGCUGGGCGAGUCUUUGGGGAAACACUACAACGAGACGGUGCAGGGCUCGGGCCCUUCCAUAAAGGACAAGUACGUGACGGCACUCUACUUCACCUUCUCCAGUCUGACCAGCGUGGGCUUUGGCAACGUCUCCCCCAACACCAACUCCGAGAAGAUCUUCUCCAUCUGCGUCAUGCUUAUCGGAUCUCUGAUGUACGCCAGCAUCUUUGGGAACGUGUCGGCCAUCAUCCAGAGGUUGUACUCGGGUACAGCGAGGUACCACACCCAGAUGCUGCGGGUCCGAGAGUUCAUCCGGUUCCACCAGAUCCCCAACCCACUGAGGCAGCGGCUGGAGGAGUACUUCCAACACGCCUGGUCCUACACUAACGGCAUCGACAUGAAUGCUGUGUUGAAGGGGUUCCCAGAGUGUCUCCAGGCUGACAUCUGCCUCCACCUCAACCGUACCCUCCUGGAGAACUGCAAAGCCUUCAAGGGCUCCACUAAGGGCUGCCUGCGAGCCCUUGCCAUGAAGUUCAAGACCACCCACGCCCCGCCCGGCGACACCCUGGUACAUGCCGGCGACGUGCUCACCGCCAUCUACUUCAUCUCGCGCGGCUCCAUCGAGAUCCUCCGAGGCGACGUGGUGGUGGCCAUCUUGGGGAAGAAUGACAUAUUUGGCGAGCCCAUCAACCUUUACGGGCGAGCUGGGAAGUCUAACGCCGAUGUGAGAGCUCUGACCUACUGUGACCUCCAUAAGAUCCACAGAGAGGACGUCCUGGAGGUGUUAAACAUGUACCCCGAGUUCUCCGACCACUUCUGGAUGAACCUGGAGAUAACCUUUAACCUCCGGGAUACCAAUAUGAUUCCUGGCUCUCCAGAAAGUGACAACUCAGACUGUAUAGGAUUCAACAAACUGCGCAGACGCAAACUAUCAUUCCGGCGCCGGACAGAGAAGGAUGAUGCAGAUGCAGGAGAGAUUAAAAAGGAGAGAGCCAAUAAACCACUACGGCGGAGACGGAAGGAGGCGGCCAGUAACCAGGGGGAGGGGCCUCUGAGCUCAGUGUCCUCCCACUCCAGUGGCGACGAAGGGGAGGAGUCUGUGGUCACAUGCCCUGCCCCUCCAUCGGCUCUGCAUGAGAUGUCCCCGGCUCAGGCCACCACCCUGAACUUCAGCGACACUCCCGAGGGGGAGGGAGACCCAAAGGGGGGCAACACCUGCAAUGCACUCACAGGAGCAUUUUCAGGGGUGUCCAACAUCUUCAGUUUCUGGGGUGAGAGUCGGGGCAGUCGUGAGUACCAGGAGCUGCCGCGCUGCAGCCUGCCCUACCCUCCCCCUCUUAACACGCCCCUCAACAGCAUUGGCCGCAGGCAGCGCACCGAGCUGGAGAACAGACUGGACCUGCUGCAGAAGCAACUCAACAGGCUGGAAACGAGGAUGUCGACAGACAUCGGGGCAAUCAUGCAACUACUACAGCGUCAGAUGGCCCUGGUGCCCCCAGCCUACAGCACUGUGUUGUCUCCCUCUCAGGCCUCACCCUUCCCUGGCCCUGGUCCUGGAGAGAGGCUGGUGCAGUCUGAGACACUGGCUUCCCUCUCACAGAUCUCACACCCCCAGGACUUUGAGGAGUUCCCCGGCAAGUCGUAUGACUCUCUCCGCGGCCCUGAUCAGCUGCACCCCCAGGACUCGCCUCUGGUCAGCCCCACCGAGACACAACGAGACACCACUGGGCUGGGCAGCUUAAUCCUGGACCUGGACCUGGACCUGGACCUGGGCAGCCUGGAGCUAGAACUAGGGGCUGGGUCAGUGGCAGGGUUUGGGUCAGGGAUGCGGGCAGGUUCAGGGUUGGGGUCAGGGAUGCGGGCAGGUUCAGGGUUGGGGUCAGGGAUGCGGGCAGGUUCAGGGUUGGGGUCAGGGAUACGGGCAGGUUCAGGGUUGGGGUCAGGGAUGUGGGCAGGUUCAGGGUUGGGGUCAGGGAUGCGGGCAGGUUCAGGGUUGGGGUCAGGGAUACGGGCAGGUUCAGGGUUGGGGUCAGGGAUGCGGGCAGGUUCAGGGUUGGGGUCAGUGGGAGGGGCGAAUGGCCUGGACCCUGACACCCAGCGAAGGCUCUCUCUGCCUGAGCCACAGACACCCCUGGACUCACAGACACCACAGAGGCACAGCUCCGACCCUGGGGGGAGCUAAGGAGCGGUGAGGGGGGAGAAAAGGGACAUAGAGAGGGAAAGGAGGGGUAGCUCUGUUUUUCCUCUUUCUCAGUCACACAUCUCAUUGGGUCCUUCCCUCAGUCCAGGCGUAAACAGACACACACAUAAGAGGGCGUCCCUUUUCUCCCUUCAGCCUCUAAAACCUCACCUAUAGGCACUGAGUGUGCCUCACCUCUGACCUCUAACCUCUGACCUGAGGAGAAACCUUGUUUGGAGAGGGGGAUGUCUCUCUUUUUCAGGGGUCCUUACCCCUAUCUGGCUCCUAACGUUACCACAGCGUUACCAAACCCACAGACAGCAAGAGAGAGAGAGAGAGAGAGGGAGAGAGAGAGAGGAGCACAGCCCUUCUGAACUCAGUCCGGUCCAUUCUGGCCUACAGAGAUGACUACAGAACGCUCACUCACAUGACUGGUUCUGUUUAGAAACGUCCCUUUACUGCUGUAUCCAGUAUUGGAUUACCAUAAUGGGGAGGGGGAAAAAAACUAUAAUAAUUAUAUAAGUAGCCAUUAUGUCUUGCACUGAAAUUUACAGACAUUCUAUCUAACAUGUCCGUGACGCUUCCGAAAACUGGUUGGUUGGUGAACUGUAGUGUUAGCUGGCCUAACAGAAACUCUGGUGUCCUGUCCUGUCACAUCAUUGGCCCCUUUUCCCUAAGGUCCGUAUCCCAGGAGGCGGAGCCAAGGCCCCAAGAGCAUACUGGAUUGGCUGGUUUGCACCUCAGGGGUGGGGUUGGAGGAAGGGUUUAAAAGCCAUGACUUCUUUGAUGAACAUAUCAAAUCCCUAUCAGAACCUUGUACAGAUUGCUAGAGAGCGGGAGUCUUUGUACAGUUCAAUAUGCAAACACUGGCGAGAGAGGAGUGUUGUAUCCUAUAUCUGUGUUGAUAAUAUCAGAUUCAGGUUCCAAAGCUUUUUGCCCUAGUUUUGUCGGUAGUUCACAAAGCAUGGCUUAGUUUCCCCCUCUAACACCUGAAGAAGAAAUGACCCACAUUUACCCGUCCAAGGAUCUGACUACACAGCAAUACGCAGCCCCAGGAGAGAACACACUCCACACACAUUAUAAUGUAGAUCUUCCAUCAUCUCCCCAUGUUGCUGUACUACUGCAGGGGUCCUGUCUCACUCUCUUCCUCCACCUGUCCUUUCUCUGGGGAGAGUCUCUGCACAUGGUAGUUGAUGACACAAUGGCGGCCUACGAUACGCAGGGAACCUGAAGAUUGUAUUUAACCGCUUGCUGGUCUGAGCUUCUUAUUUAUUUAUUGGUUUUAGGAAUUUGAUGUUCUUUGUAGAUUGUACCAAAUAUGAUUUCUCGUUUUGCAGAAAGAAGAUGUACAGUUUAAACUUAUUUGGUGGAAGGAGUGAAAUAAUAUUUGUUUGUAAAUGUGGACAGGUACCUCUCCCCACAUUUGUGUGUUUGUUUUAACAACUGUUAUGUCAGUACAACCAUUAUAGAUGUUUGAGUAAUAUGACUGUUUGACAGGAGUUGCACUUUAUUAUUAUAAUUAUAAUUUACUCUUCAUCAAUCCUGACCAGAGAUGUUAGCACUGAUGUCUGUGUCCACAAACUGGGCACAGACAUUAAUUCAACAUCUAUGUUGGUUCAAUGUAAUUUCCUUGACAUGACGUGGAAACAACAAUGAUUCAACCCAUGUGUGUCCAGUGAGCAGUGGGCUAAUAUUACCAUCAGAUCUGAGAAGGGGCGGAGAGCUUUUAGCUCCCAGAGUAAGAUUUAAACAGUGAGAGUUAAAGUGAGUCACAAAGCGGUGAGUAGUGGUUGUGUGUAGUGUGUAUCGUGCACGGUGACAACACAUUGUAUCUGUAUGCAGGGAAGAAUAGAAGCAGGUGAGCUAGCUGGAGGAGGCAAAACAGUGUUUUGAAGUGAUGAGUAAUGAACAUUAAAUGACUAUAUAUAUUUAGCUUGUUAGAAAAAAACGGAAUCACAAAGACAAAGACAUUUGUCAGGUUUCAGCUAAGACACGCAAGCAGGCACACACACACAUGCUAUUAGGCGCACUGUUCACUGUUAAUCACUGUUAGUAAUAUCUUUGCAUGUAAAACCUGUGUUAGUGAAUUGGAAGCGAGAUAAUGCAUUAGUUGUGCAUGGGAUAAUGCAUUUUAGUGUUGAACCAAAGCAACUGAAGGGAAGCAAUUACUGUAUUCUGCAUUGAAUUGAAUGGAAUGGGAAAAUUGAUAAAUAGAUGGUUUUUGAUCUAAGGAGGCCAUUUAAGCUGCCUGAAGUCAAAUCACUGCACAUCUUCAAUGGUUGUAACAGUGACACAACAGAUGCCAACGACGACAACAAAAGAAUAGCAUAGGCCAGUAUCUACAAUUUCUUAAACAAUUGUUGAGCUCUUGCUGUGUCACUGUUACAACCAUUGAAGAUGUUCAGUGCAGUGAUGGAACUGGACACACUAAAUAAGCUCAGUUGAAAAGGGGUCUCUUUUGGUUUCGGCGCUUCGACUCUGCUUUUGACUUCAGGCAGCUUAAAUGGCCUCCUUAGAUAGUGAAAAGUCUCAUUUUGUACAGUUUUACAGUCAAGCCAACCCUCCCAGAAAAUAGACUACCCACACUAUAGGAUGUUAUAAUACAGAGCCUUUCCAAUAUCUGUAGUCUGUCACUUCACAUUGUUUUUUUGUUCCUCAAUCAUCACAGAACUGCCUAAUAUACCAUCUACAAUAGUUUUUAGUCACAUAAUCUCUGUCUUGAAGGAUAUUCCCAACACUUUAGAAUUCAAGUUCCAUUUUGCAUUCUUCAUAAUCACCACCCUAAUGUCGACUGACUGGGUUUAGGUGUAGAUCUAGAGGGAUUAAGUUAUCUAUAUUAUAUCAACAAAAUACUGUAAUGUAUGUAAAGUUGUCAUAGAAAGCUCAAACAAGGAAAUGUAAUUAGCUUCCAGUGAAACAUGUCCACCCACUGGGAUUUGUCAUGGUGGCUGAGUGAAUGGAUCUCACAUUUUAGCAACCUACACCAAAGAUUAUCUAUUAUAUUGACAAGAUAGUCAAGUGACCGCUAUAAUAAUGGAAAUACAUGUCCUCAAAGAUGGAAGGCAGGCGGGAGGAGCCGAGAUCAGGUGGGGCCAUUCUAGCCAAUGAGAGGGAAGAUAUGCGAGUGAACAACAAGAACAACUUCCAUACAAAAUUGUUUUAUAUCAGUGCAUUCGUAACAACCAACCAAUUACGAAACUUCUAUUUGAUCAAUUAAGCCUCACAUAGCAAAUAAGUUAUUCAACUUUUUGUUGACCAAAUUCAACACUCAUUGACCGCCAAACAAAAAUUCCUCACUUCGUGGUCUUACUUUCUUGGACAGAUUUUGGGUGGAGUAAACCCUCUCGCUUCGCCUCCUCUUUGCCUACACACACACACCUCUGUUACACAAGCCUCUCGCACCUCUCACAUUUGCCAGAGCACUUUUCAGCUCUUUUCAACUUUAUAGUAUAUUAUAUAAAUAUUAUGCUGCAUCAUUGGUCCCGAAUUUGUAGAUAUUUUGAGCAGUGGGGUUUUUGGUAAAGUUUACACUGGAUUGCUCUUUCCCGCCUCCCCCCUGUACAUAAGAACAUCUUGUAAAGGAAUACAUUCUUGGCACCCAUAUAGCCAGCACUAUGCAGACAUUUCUUUGGCAUGCUUUGAAAUGCAGAAAAACUGUAGAGGAAACAACAUAAAGUCUGUUCAACAUUUUAAUCACGUAAAUAAAGAUGUUAAUAAUAUUGUUAAUAAUAAUGACGAUGAUGAUGAGGGGUAUAAUGAUAAUGAACAAGAUUACUUUAAUAUUGUGCACAUUUUAUUUGCAUGCUGCACUGAGAAUCUUUUCAGAAAUGAGAGGAUGGAUGCACAAGGAAGGCAGCUGAUUUUGGGCUGUGUGCUUGCGGCUGUGUAGAGUAAUACACUGUAUACUUCCGGGUCAUGGAAGAGUAACAUAUACUGUACUUCCUGGUCAUGGGAGAAAGGGACACUGAAAAGUUACAAGAUACUGUAACAUUAUGGAGGAUACAUGUGCGGGGCUACGGCCAGCUCUGCCACAGUUGGCUUUCAGACUAGGGAAUAUGAAUAAUAAUAAUACAAUUCUAGCCUGACCAUGUUGGAGUGCAUCGCCUAUGUCACCCUGUUCAUAUCAGACACCACAGCAAGCUAGAAGACAGAAGCAGCUCCAGGUCUUGAUUGUGUGAUAGCGUUAUACAUGGUUGACUUUAUAUAACAUUUCAAAUAUUUAUUUCAAUAAACCUCUUUGAAAACAAA